AUGCGCUGCAUCGCCGCCACGACCAAACUCAUCCUCUUCGCCGCCGCCACUAACGCUCUCGCUCCCGUCGCAUCCAUGGCCAAGUCCAAGACCCACAAGAAGCGCUCGACCCACAAGAACAAGGCGCCGCCCAGGCUCGCCCUGGCGCGCACGAUCAAGAAGCCGGAGCGCCUCGCCGACUUCGUCGACCUGGACGACGCGGCAUUUGAGGAGCGUGUCGAGGCGUUCAUGCGCGACACGACCACCUUCCACCACCACCUAGAUCAGGCCCCGUUCACCAAAUUUCCGCCGGUGCGCGACUUCGAGGAAGGCCAGGAGUAUGUCAUCUUAAGGUCCGUUAAGGACGAGGACACUGGCAUGACAACCUACAACGUCGUCGUCUACCGCAAAUCCUACGCGGGCAUGAGCGAGCUCGAGCAGCGGCACGCCCUGCUCGACGUCUUCGAGCAGUCCUGAAGCCGCGCAGAACGGUCUUUGACGAGGUCGCAAUAGUAAACUCACGCAGGUCCAAGCUCUUCGAAAAGCUCGAGGACAACCACAACUAUGCCAAGUCGUGGUUCGAGCGGUUCGUCAAGGGCCAGACACCCAAGAUCAAGGGCGUGGCGUGGCACCGCGCGAACAUCGCCGCGUUGCAGGCCUCGGCGUCCGCGGAAAGCGAGAAGGAGAUGGAGGAGAAGCUCGCCGAGGCCCUCAAGGGCUCGGGCAUCAAGUUCACGGACAACGAGGACGCGCCCAUGGACGCGGACGACGUCGCUGACGCGCUGAUCAACCCGGAGGGCGAGGGCCUGCCGCUCUUUGUCGGCAACGAGACGCUCGCGCCGUUCGUCGAGCUCGCGCGCGGCCGUGUCUUUUCCCCUUCGAGUCGUCGUUCCGAUGGCCUAGAGAGGUGCGGGAGGGAGGGUCGUCCGCGUUUCUUUUCGGUGAGAGUCGAGAGUAGGGUUGACAUUGAAGUUGACCUUGAACUUGAACCCCCCGCAGAUCCGGGAAGACUUCAAGAGCCUCAGCCACCGCGGCUACUACGGCAACUUGUUCAAGACCAUCAAGCGCAAGUUCAAGAAGAGGGGCCUCUUCCUGGACAUGCUCGUGGCCGCCUACGGCACGCGCAUCUCCAAGAAGACGCUCAAGGAAUUGCUCGAUAAGAAGUGGUUUCAGCUCGACCACGUCGUGGCGGCGACGAUGGACGAGCCCAACAACUUCUUCGAAACUUGCAGCGUCCCCGAUCCCGAGGGUGCCUUCAAUUGUCCGGGAGCCUCGCCCUCUCCCCUCCACGCCAUCGACGCGACGUUGCCCCAGGAUUCAUUCCGACUCACCGGUCGUGUCCCCCGCAGCUCAUGAUCAAGUGCCUCAACAACAAGUUCAACCGCAACACCGAGCAGGCGUUCAAGAAGAAGCA